AAGACGAGGGAAGAAAAAUAAAAACCCAGCACUGCUGGGCCCCGGCGUACCGUAUUUCUUUCUCUCUAAUAAACCCUAAACCCUAGCCAGCCGACUCAAGAAGAAGAAGAAGAAGAAAGAGACGAGCAAAUCCCUUUUAGCUUCUCUAUCUAACGUACUCACUUUAAUGGCACCUGCUGCUAAGAUUAACAAGAAAAAGGGCUCAGAAACACAAAGACCACCACCCAAAAAGAAGCAAAAGAACGAUCUUCUUACUGAAAAACGCCGCCCAAAGAAGGAUGACGUGUUGGGUGAUUCUGAUACGGAUAACCCAGAUGAAGAAUUAGAACAUCAGUUAGAGUUUAGUGAAGAUGACGAGCAAGAAGAAUCUGCUUCUGGGUCUGAUGUUCUUUCUGAUGGUGAUGAUGACCCCCUUGCUGAUGAUUUUUUACAAGGAGGAAGUGAUGAUGAAGAGAAAGGUUCAGGUUCCGAUUCCGAUUCCGAUUCUGAUGAAGAUUCUGAUGAAGAGGAUAUUGAGAAGAAGUCAAGAGCUAUCGAUGAGCAAAGGGCAAGGGAACAGAAAGAAGCUGAGGAGGAAAUGAAGCUAAAUAUUGCUGAAGAAUCUGAUGAGUUUAGAUUACCUACUCAGAAGGAACUUGAAGAGGAAGCCCUCCGCCCCCCUGAUAUUCAAAGUCUCCAAAGGAGGAUUAAUGAGAUUGUUCGAGUGCUUUCGAAUUUAAAAGACUUGAAGCAAGAGGGUUCUUCAAGGAAGGAUUACGUUCACCAGCUUAAGAUUGAUUUAUGUAAAUACUAUGGCUAUAAUGAAUUCCUGAUUGGAGCUCUAGUGGAGAUGUUUCCUGUUAAUGAACUUAUGGAGCUUAUUGAAGCUUUUGAAAAGCCAAGACCCACAUGUCUACGAACCAACACCUUAAAGACACGAAGACGGGAUUUAGCCAAUGUGCUUUUAAACAGAGGAGUAAACCUUGAUCCUUUAAGCAAGUGGUCUAAGGUUGGACUAGUUGUGUAUGAUUCACAAGUACCAAUUGGUGCCACUCCUGAAUAUAUGGCUGGUCACUAUAUGCUCCAAAGUGCAAGCUCGUUCAUGCCUGUGAUGGCCCUUGCACCUCAAGAAAAGGAACGGAUUGUUGAUAUGGCGGCUGCGCCAGGUGGUAAAACAACAUACAUCGCUGCCUUGAUGAAAAAUAGUGGAAUAAUUUAUGCAAAUGAGAUAAAGGCCCAAAGACUUAGGUCUCUCACUGCAAAUUUGCAUCGCAUGGGGGUGACAAACACCAUAGUUUGUAACUAUGAUGGAAGGGAGCUUCCCAAGACUUUAGGUCUCAACACUGUAGACAGAGUGUUGUUAGAUGCCCCUUGCAGUGGGACUGGGGUUAUAUCUAAAGACGAGUCUGUUAAAAUUUCUAAAACCUCUGAAGACAUAGAGCAAUGUGCCCAUUUACAGAAGCAAUUGCUACUUGCUGCGAUUGACAUGGUUGAUGCAAAUUCAAAAUCUGGUGGAUACAUUGUUUACUCCACAUGUUCCAUAAUGGUUGCUGAGAACGAGGCAGCUGUUGACUAUGCACUCAAGAAGAGAAAUGUUAAACUCGUGCCGUGUGGACUUGACUUUGGGCGUCCAGGGUUUGUCCGCUUUAGGCAGCACCGUUUUCACCCAUCCUUGGAAAAGACAAGACGUUUCUACCCUCAUGUUCACAACAUGGAUGGAUUUUUUGUUGCAAAGUUGAAGAAACUGAGUAACUCAAUACCCUCUGCCGGGACCGAACCGUCAGAAUCUGUGGAGCAAGCCUAUGGACUGAAUGAGAGUGAUAGGGAAAAGAGUACUUCCACAGAAAAGGGUAAAAGCUUAACAAAUGGUUUUCCUAAUGAUGGGACUCCAGAGAAUCCAUCCAGUGCUAAACGGGGAAUGAAACGAAAAAUUCCAUCUAGAGAGGAAAUUUCAAAAUCCAGGGAGGAGAAAAGAGCAGCUUAUAGAGAGGCUAAUCGGAAUGCUGCAAAGAACAGUAGGAAGUGAGGACUGACGUCUACAAUUCCAGCCUUGUACGACAUGGUGAAGUCAUAAUUGCCUGCUGAUCAAGUUCAAGUUAUCUGGAGCAUAAUGUCUGGCUUUAGUUAUUUGUAUACUUUUUAGUUAAGUUGGGUUGCCCUUCGUGGACUGCAAGUCCAGAAAAUUUUGUUGGUUACAUAACUGGUUCAACUGUUGCUGUUAUUACUAUAAACACAAUCAAUGGGCUAUUAAUAAGUCCAAAGCAUUUCAGUCGAGAUUUUGCAAACAAUCAUAAACAAGUUAUUCGAGCA